UAGCUGCACAGACUUCCAAAUAUGUGUUCGAAAAGCUGAAACACAUCACGGGCCUAGAUCCUGCCAAGCCUCUGUUCGUAAGUGCUGCUAAGUUGCGACGCUUGGAUCAGACAGAUGCUGAGUUUGUCGAUGUCAUACAUACAGAUACCAUGCAAUAUGGCGUGCUAAGGCAAGUGGGCCAUGCUGAUUUCUAUCCCAACUUUGGCAAGCUCGAACAGCCCGGCUGUGAGGAUGCAGAUAAUAUAACGACGUGUAAUCAUAAUCGUGCACCAGCGCUCUAUGCUGAGUCCAUAAUGCCUGAUCAUAAGUUCUGGGCUCUUAGCAGCGAAUAUCCCAGAAAAGUUGUUUUAAUGGGCUAUGAAGCGCCACUAAACCAUGGAACUUUUUUCUUGAACACAAACAGCGAAUUUCCAUUUGCCCUGAAUCGAGAAGAAUCCAUUGCUGGUGCCGAGCUUGGAUUCAAUCAAAUGAAAAAAUCGUUCGCUGCCUACGUCGACAAGGCUCUGGAGACCGCCUGGAUUUCGCAGUUCACGAAAAGCACGCAAGUUAAGGCGAGAACUCUAGGAUCUGGCAAUG